CGCCGCCCGUAGUCGGCGUCCUCAACAUGGCGGCUCCCCAGGAUGUCCACGUCCGUAUCUGUAACCAAGAGAUUGUCAAAUUUGACCUGGAGGUGAAGGCGCUUAUCCAGGAUAUUCGGGAUUGUUCAGGACCAUUAAGUGCACUUACUGAACUGAAUACUAAAGUGAAAGAGAAGUUUCAGCAACUGCGGCACAGAAUACAGGAGCUUGAGCAGUCAGCUAAAGAGCAAGACAAAGAGUCAGAGAAGCAGGUUCUGCUCCAGGAAGUGGAGAAUCACAAGAAGCAGAUGCUCAGCAAUCAGACCUCAUGGAGGAAGGCUAAUCUCACUUGCAAAAUUGCUAUCGACAAUCUAGAGAAAGCAGAACUUCUCCAGGGAGGAGACCUCUUAAGGCAAAGGAAAACCACCAAAGAGAGCCUGGCCCAGACGUCCAGUUCCAUUACGGAGAGCCUCAUGGGGAUCAGCAGGAUGAUGUCCCAGCAGGUUCAGCAGAGCGAGGAAGCCAUGCAGACGCUAGCCAAUUCUUCCCGGACUAUCCUGGAUGCAAAUGAAGAGUUUAAGUCCAUGUCAGGGACCAUCCAGUUGGGACGGAAGCUUAUCACAAAAUAUAAUCGCCGAGAGCUGACGGACAAACUUCUCAUUUUCCUUGCCCUGGCCCUUUUCCUCGCUACGGUCCUCUAUAUUAUAAAAAAGCGGCUCUUUCCAUUUUUGUAAGAUAGGGAAUUACCAGCUUUUGCCCUUUAAAGUCCGGUGUCAAGAUCUGGCCGUGCUACCAAGCUCUGGUAAACCAGUCCAUGCCUCCACGGUCUGCUCCAGUUGUUCUACGGGUUGGAUGGAGGCACAGAGUUCCCCAGGUUCCUGCAGGUGGCUGGCUUGCAAAGGGCGAGCAGAGCAAGGUGUCAUUGAGACACCUACAGGGACACAGGGACUCCACGAGCCGUCGCAACAGUGCUUAUGGCUGUCACAUGGGGCAUUCAGAGGCCAGCCUUCAGGCUUUGAUCCUCCUUUCUCUCCUUCUCCCGCUGUGGCCUUAGUGCCAGAUCUGGUAGAAGGAAGAGAAAAGUGGGGGGGAAGGAGGAUAAGGAAAACUCACGUCCAUUUCUUGAAUAAACUUGACUAUAUUUAAUAGAAUGAAAUGCAUUUGGAUUAUAAGGUAUCCUUCUGGGAAUUUGUGUCCUGCUUUUGGUGUCCAGAUUUCUAGGACGUGAACUUAGAUCAUUUAUUUGUUCUCCCAACAAAGGAUUAUCAGGCAGCAGUCAUAUGCAAUGUAUUACAGACCCUGCGGACUGUUACAAAUAGAUUGGUAAAGCAGCUGUGGUUCCUCCCUCAGGGAGCAAGGAGAACAAGAUCUCAUAGGCUCCAAAAAAGUAAGUUACAAAAAGCCCCCACCGGAGGUGGCUGACCCAUCUGAAAAGGCUGAGGCAAACAGCCUUUUCUUUCUGUGUACAGUGGUGGGCCUGGCCUCUCGGUGUGCAGCGUCUUGGGGGCUGGCGCAUGUCUUUCUCUUUGAGGUGCAGAGCUAAAUAUAACGAUGAGAGGGAGGCUAGUGAUAAGCGGAGUCCUGUCUGGGCCUGAGUUCUGUCGAGGCCUGGGGGAUCCUAGGGCUCAGGCUGGGAGAUGUUCGUGUCCUUGUGCUAUAGGCCUGGCUGGCCUCACACAUGAAAUCCCAGCCUCCCCACUAUUUAUAGCCCCAGAGGCCCUGGGGUGUGUAACAUGGAGGCAGAGGGUAAAGUGAAAAGAACAUGGACUUUGAACCUUGGUUUUGAGUCUUGGCUGUUUAACUAAAGGAUCAUGUGACUAUGGGCAAGAUAUCUUAUGUCACUAAGCCUCAGUUUCCCCACCUGUAACAUGGGGGUGAUAGUCCACAUAGACAUUUGUUUAGUCAACAUGAGACUCCAACAAGAACGUGAAGUAACAAGUGCAGCUUCUGUCUGACUGAGCAGUGGGCUUCCCAAAUGGGGCCACCUCCAGGGCUCUGGACCCUGAGGUUUCCUGCAGCAAACAGGGGCUUCGGUGAAAGCUGGCCUGGGCAUCACAAGUUCUGUUUAGAUCUGUUUGAGCAGAGGAUGUCAACAGUUAAGGCUUUGGCUUCAGUUAUGAACUGGCAAAUCUUCAUGGGACCAAGUACUUAAGAGAUUGGCUGCACACCUCAGACUGACUAGUUUAAUGAGUAGGUUCUAAGUUAAAGUGCGUGCGUGUGUGUGUGUGUGUGUGUGUGUGUGCGUGUGUGUACACACUUCUAUAUAUACAUAUAUCAUACUUAAACAAUUUCUGGCCUCAGAGGACACUCACUGCAAAUUGUGCAUGCAUGUGUCUUAUUUAUAGUCAAAUUAAAGCUGAGAAUAAAGCACAGAUGGGAAAUUCCCACUCAGAUUCCAGCUGUAAGUGCAGCAGAUGGAUGUUAUCAAUUUAGGAUUUUCUUGUCUUAACAUUUUUCUUUACCACUUCCCACUAAUUGUCAACAUCCUCCUUCCAAUAUGGGAAUGUGUGGGCGCUGUACUCCUUAAAAAAUCUCCCUUUGACUUUAUUCUUCUGUAACUUGCUAGGUUGAAUUUGAAAUGUCAUCAAUAGCAUUGUAUCUUGGAACCCCAUUCAGCCACCGGGAUUCAAAGUCAUCCCCUAGCCGGCUGGCUGGACGGAGAGCAACCAUCUCCAUGUUCAACCGUGAGGGGGCAGUGUUCACAUUUGCUCUGUGGUCUUGCUGUGUGUACGGCUUCAUCAGUCCAUACGGAAUGCUCUUGCGGAUUUUUUUUCCCCACGUACCAGACUUUAAAAACAAACAAACAUACAAAUGUACAAAGUUUAUAGUUUUUAGAAGAUGUUUCAUAGAUGAUUUUCAUUUUCACUGUGAAAAGUAAGGCCAGCUUGUGUUCUAUAGUUUGGUUAGGUGACAGUCAAAGAAUUAAAAGUAUAGAGCAGCUGUCAAGAGAUUGUUCAUUCCAAGUAUUUACUGAGCACGUACUUUGUACCAGGCACUGUCCUAGGUAUAGGCAGUGAAUAAAACAAAGAUUCCCUGUUGUUGUGGAACUUACAAUAUGUGAGAGAGGGCAGGCAGAUGAUAAACAAAUAAGCCAUUCAUUCUGUUAGACAAUAAGUGGUCUAGGAAAGAGGGAAGCCCGCUAAUGGAGACAGGAAUGUAGGUGUGGGGAUAGGUUUGCAGUAUUAAGUAGGGUGGUCAGAGCUGGCCUCACUGAGGAGGUGAGGUCUGAGCAAAGGCUUGUUGGGGAGGGAGACCCCUUAGCCAUGCAGACUGCUGGGGGAGAUGGGCUCUGGCACAGGGACCAGAUGGGGCUGGAGCAAAGGCCUAUGGUGGGAGCACCUGCGAUACUGUGAUUGAUUGUGUGUGUGUAUAUAUAUAUGUAUGUGUGUGUGUGUGUGUGUAUGUAUGUAUAUGUAUAUGUGUGUGUGUGUGUGUGUGUGUAUAUAUAUACACACACACACGUAUAUAUAUAUAUAUAUGUAUAUGUAUAUAUAUAUACAUGUGUGUGUGUGUAUAUAUAUAUAUAUAUAUAUAUUUGGUGUCCCCAGUCAGGGGCACAGAGCUCCUAAAACCCUUGGACUUUCCUGCAGUGAGAGCCAUAAAGGUUUCUUUUGUUAUGUGUAUGAGGCGACUUUUGGAAAGCACUAAAGACAGGGCUGGUUGCCAGUGGACCUCAGAGGAGGGGAGAGGGGUUGGAAAUUAAGUUCAGUCACCAGUGGGCCAUCAUUUAAUCGAUCAUGACUGUCGAAUGAAGCCUCCACAAAACCCAGGAGGACUGUGUUCAGAGAUUUUCUGGGUUGGUGAACACGUGGAGAUUGAGGGAGGGUGGCACACUUAGGGCAUGGAAGCUCUGUAUCCUUUCCUCGUGCCUUGCCCUGUGCGUCUCUUCCAUCUGGCUGUUCUACCCUUUCUUAAUAAACUGGUCGUCUAGUAAGCAAAAUGUUUCUUUCAUUUCUGGGAACCUCUCUAGUGAAUUAAGCAAACCCGAGGAGGAGAUAGGUGUUCAUGGGAACCUCCCAUCUACAGCCUGUUGGUCAGAAGCACAGGUGACAGCCUGGACUUGUGGUGGGCAGCUGAAGUGGGGGUUGGGGGGGAAGUUUUGUGGGACUGAGCCCUUAACCUGUGGGAUCUGAUGCUGUGUCCAGCAGAUAGUGUCAGAAUUGAGUUGAAUUCUAGGAUACCCAGCUGGUGUCAGAGAAUUGCUUGUUGGUGUGGGGAAGAAACACACACAUCAGAACUGGGUACAGAACUGGAACAUGACUGAUGUUUUGGAGAAUAGCAGGGAAGCUAGUAUGGCUAGAGCAGGGUGUGAGGAGUCCUAGAAAAGUAACAGGAAAUCGGAGAUGCUGGGGGACAAAAUCAUGAAAAGCCUUAUAGGUCAUCAGAAUGACUGUCCUUGUACUCUGAGGGACAUGAGGAGCCAGUGGAGCAGGGGAGUGACAAUAUGACUUACGUGUUGAUAACAAAGUGAACAAGACAAGUGCAGCAUCAGGAGGCCAGCUGGGGGGACGAUCGCAGAUGUCCAGGUGGCAGAUGAUGGUGGCUUGUACCUGGCUGAGCAGGAGAGGCGGUGAGAACUAAUCAUAUUCUGGAUAUAUUUUGAAGAUAGAACCAACAGGAUAAGAUUUCUUGAAGGAAUGAAAGCAAAAAACUAGGAAAUUCUUUUUUUUUUUUUUUUUUUAAUUUCUUUUUAUUUUUAAGAAAUCUGUGUACCCAGCAUGGGGCUCAAACUCACAAACCUGAGAUCAAGAGUCGUGUGCUCUACCAAGUCAGCCAGCCAGGUGUCCCAAAACUAUGAAAUUCUUGGCCUAAGUAACAAAAGGAGGAAAAGAUCAGGAGUUGGGUUUUAGACCCAUUGGGCUUGAGAUGAUCUAUUAGACCCUCUAGUCAAGACGUCAGAUACACAUGUAGCUAUGUGUGCAUGGGGUUUGGGAGAGCAGUCAGGGCUAGCUGGAUAAUUUGGAAGAGGCACGUAGAUGGGAUUUAAAGCCAUGAGGUUGGAUGAGACCACCCAGAGAUUUGAGUAUAGACAGAGAAGUAACAACUACAAAAAAAGAGGAACCCGUACGCAAGACUGAGAAGGAAUGCCCAGAGACAGAGGAGGCACUUGUACUGGUUAGACUUCUUAGGGAGUCUGUUCAUCAUUUAAUCCCCCAAACAAGGAGACUUCCUGAUAUACAAGGAUCUGUGUUUUUCAUCAUCAUCUUCAUCGUUAUCAUUGUGGCUGCCAUCAUCAUCAAAAAGCAUCUGAUAUUUAUAGGGUUCCCGCUGUGUGCCAGGCACUUGAGGACUGCACAUAAAUGUAGCCCCCUGCCUUUAAGGACAACCCAGAAUGACGGUGGUGCCUAUGCACUGGGGACCUGUGGAGGGAGAGAGUGUUCCCCUGGACAGGACACGGAAGAGCAUGCCAUCCCCCUGAGCCACUGCUGUCCUCUCCCCUUUACCACCCAACUUCUGUGACAAGUCUCCAUUUCCUCAUCUCCCACUCCAGUCUGACCUCCGCUCCUGUCACUCUCCCAAAAACAAGCCUUGCUGAGGCCUCCUCCAGACUGUUCAUCUGAAGGAUGUUUGCCUCCACCUUCUCUCAUCCUCAACCGUUGUUGACCAGUACCUCCUGCUUCUGUGACUCCACACUUCCGGUGUUCCUCUUGUUCUCUGAGAACUCCUGUUCAUUCUUUUUUCUUCAUCUCCCACUCAGCCUUAAGUGCUGCUUAGAGCUUCUGCCCUCGCCUCCCUCUAUAUAUUCUCUCACAAGCAAGGACCUCCAUGUCCUCCACAGUUUAAUAAUCAUCAGGAGAAUCACUGUCAAUAAUUCCAAAGUUAUUUCUCCACCACAGACUCUCAGGUGAGCUCCAGGUUCCUCUGUCGUCUCCAUUCCUCCACUCCUCCGCUUGAGCUCGUCCCUGACCUCUCUCUCCCAGGCUCUUCUCCAGCCUCCCAGUCUUCCCGGACACAACUCCCAUCCCCCUUCCAGGCUUCCUGUUCCCUUCACCAAGGCCAUCUGCUUGACACCUCUUCCCACCCGCCCAAGGGAGGAGACUUCAUUCAACGGUCAAUAUAUUGUUCUGAAGGAAGGCAGAUACCUUGUGUUGGCGAAUUUAGAUGGCCGGAAACGCUCUGCCGAAGGCAAUUUGGCAGGGUGACCCAAUUUGGAUAUUUGUCUAAGGAAAACUGUAGUCUAAAAAAAAGAUAGUAAAAUGUAUAAAAUAAGCUCAGUUUUCUUCCUUGACUAAUGGUGGUCUCCCCUGGGGCCCUGCCUGAGGGUUUGCCCAAGCUGUGUUUCUUCCCUAAACAAGGGCAGCAUAAAAAUAGCUGGGGGCUAAUCUAAGAGAUACCAGCCAGGAGUCUCAGCAGUUGUCAGGAAUGAAGGGCUGCAGGCGGGUGGGGUGGGGGGGAGAGGAGGGGUGGGUGUUAUCUACCCCACCAACCCCCCCCCCCACCCAGUCCUCAACAGCAGAGCCCCAAGGGCCCAUGGUAUUGGUCACCUUGCAUUUUCAAUGGGCUACAGUGCACCAGCCCAGAAUCAAAUUGCAGUCCUCCCGGCCAUAUGCCCCUGGGCAGGGAUUGCCCCUUUGUCAUUUCCUCAUCUGGAACACAGAGGCAGCCAAGAGCAUUGACCUCUUAGGGGUGCUGGGAGAUUGAAGGACAAAAGUCCUCCGAGAGCCCACACAGUGCCUCACAUAGUGCCUCUCACACUGUCACUCCAAUGGCCACUGCAUUCGUGGCAUGACCUCAUUCCCCUUUCUCUUUGGGGCUUUAUUUUGGGUAAAUGGUGGCUAGGCAAAGAGGAUGCUGGGAUAGGUAAGGAAUCAGGCCCAAGGAUGGAGUAGAGUUUCUCAAAUGGCAGGGAGCUAAGUGGGACAGAGCAGGCUGUGGCAAAUUGGUCAUCUUUCCCAAAACGUCAAAAAAAAAAAAGAAAAAGUGAGAAGAAUUAGCUCAGUGUAAAGUGUUCUGUUUUUUAUUAAUAUUAAAUCUUUGCUCUUCUCCCCCCACAGUCUCGUUCACUGGCAAAGAAUGCUCCCGGAUAAAAAUCCAUAAUGUAGCAAGUUAACUAUGGUCUGGAAAAUGAGGAAACGGUCAAUCAGUUUUAAUCCUGACAGCUUGACUGGUGUGAAAAACAAGAGGGUUCCUGACAGAAAUGCUAUAGUUUCUAAGAAAGGAGUUUUUAGUGUGCAAGUGAUGGCUGUGCCAUUGCCACCCUCUGAAUAGGUUCGCAAGCCAGUGGAUUCGAGGGCCAAGGGGAGGUGCAUUGUUAGACUGGGCAAGCUCCUGGCUGCCUCCCUGAAUGACCUCCACCCACUGCACCCCCAGUCCAUUCCAGAGUCCUACUGGUAUGUGCUUCAGCUACACUCUGUGCUGGGCACUAAGGAUAGAAGCAUAAGAUUCCACCUGCCUUGCGGAACCCACAGCCUGUUAGAGACAGAGCUGGAGCUAGAUAGUCACCCCAGAGGUGGUAAGUGUGCCUUGGGGAGCACAGUGGGACAACCCCUUUAGACAGCUUAGAAGCAGCAAAUAGUAGUUAAAAUAAAAUUAACAAUGGGGCAAUCAUAAUGAAAUCCAAAAUGAGGUUAGUGUAUUGAGUGCCAGGCACUGUGCAUUAUUUCCUUUAACCCAGGAAUUCUACCCAUAGUUGGUCGUUGCUACCGCUGAGGCAGUUGAGAUGCAAAAGGGUCCAGAAACACACCCAAGGUCACACAGCUAGUAACUGGUGAAUCUAGGGUUCAAACCCAGACAGCUGGGCUCAAGAGUCUCUGGACUUCUCCCAACAGUAGGCAUAAGAGAGGCCAACAAAGUUGUAGGGGCAGAGACCCCUCAAUACACAUCCCACCCAGCAACCAAAAUGAUGUAAAGGAGAGGGUAGAGAUGGAAGGAUUUGAGGGUGCAGGGUUCGCAGAUCCCUGUGAGGAUAGCUGCUGAGCCCAAGGUCGGCACUAGGGGUUCAGGAACAGGACAGUCACAUAAGCAAAAGAAAGAACUGACUGGUUUACGUAAUGGAUGUGGCUUUCGGCACAGCUGGAUCCAGGUGCUCUACCAAAAAUGUUAAGAACUCGUCCCCCUCCGUCUCUUCUCUGUUUCCCACCACUUGGCUUUCUUCUGAGUGGAUUCUGACCAGGUAUCAAGUCUCCCCCUUCCUCCAUGGGCAGCUUCAGACUUCCAUCCACUUAGCUUGGGAUCCCUAAAGAAAGAGCCUUUCCCCUAUGAGUUCCUAAAUAUCCUUGGUGGGACCCUGCACUAGGCCCUGUGGUGAGAAGGCCAGGAUGUCCUGAUUGGAGAGGCCCGGGUCACGUGCCCAACAUUGGGGGGGAGUCAGCCCCUCUUUGACCACCAGCAGAACCAAAUAUGGGAGGGGGUGGUUCCAGCUGCCUUUCUGCUAGCACAGUGGUGCACAUGCAGUAGGCUUUAUGAAGGUUGGGGUUACUUCCUUUGUAGGAGGAAGCAUACUUGGGCCAGAGGAUUCCCCUUUAUGAAAGUAUUACAUAUUAAUUGCAGUGAAAUUAGAAAACAUAUUUAACCCAUGCAAACUCCCCCUCCCAAAGAUAGGAAUUUAUAAACCCAUCUAGAGAGAAUUGCUGGAAACAUUUGGGAGGGCGUUCUAUGUCUUUUUUUCUUUCUUCUUUUGUACCUUCAACAAAUACAGGAUUAUCUGGUAUAGCCUGUUCAUUUUUUUUUUUUUACUUUAAAAAUAAUUGAUGAUAUAAUUUAUAAUAAACUACACAUAAUUAAACUGUA